AUGCUGUAUGCCAUGAUUUUAAUUGUAUUUCUAUCGACAUCAUCUAUUUCAGUGUCAUCAUUACAAUGUUAUUCAUGUAAACACUUUUUCGUAGUUAAUUAUCUUGUGACAAGUGAUACAGUUCCUUCAUUUUCUGACUGUCCAUUGAUUAAUGCUACACGAUGUGCAAUUAUUGUUACUUGGGAUCUAAAUAACAAUGAUACUGUUCUCCUAAUAAAUAAUGAAAAUGUUCUCUCGACAAAAGAUACUUUGGAAGAUUCCAUUGCAGUUAUGGCUUACAUGGAACGUGUACCCGAUCAAGAGAUUCCAAUAGUAGCACAUUACCUUCAAUUUGUAUGUAUGUCAUCAGAGAAAUGUAAUAGUGAACUAAGUUUGAAAAAAAUUCUGCAUUCACUCAUUAUCAAAGAUAGAUUUGUUCAAGAAUUAACUUCAUUAAUUCAGACUGUUUCUCCAUUUGUUCCACAGUCUGCAGCGUGCCGUGAGUUAAAUAAUUUCACAAUUGAAUGUCCUCCAACAGAUCUCGAUGCUUGCGAACGAUGUCAAAUACUUGUUGAUAAAUGGCCUUCAGCCAGUGUAGAAUUGUGUGCAACUUGUCCUCGUACUACUCCCAAUGGAAAUUUAAUAGCACGUUCUACCAUAUUUGUCCUAAACAAUCGAACACAACUUGAUGAUCAUGUUCAACUUGAUUGUCAACUCAAAGGAUGUAACUCAGUCGAUAAUAUCAAUCGAAUUUAUAAAACUAGCAAAAUUACAUUCGACUUUGGCAAGUUUUUUAAUCUCUCAUCGAACAAGAUUGUCUAA